CUGUCUCCGAACAGACCCUGCUUCGAAUUUACAGCUGAGUACAUCCUUUGCAACGUGAGUCUCGGUCACUAUGGCCUCCGGGCGGAAAGACUUUCUGAGCCAGCCCGCCCCCGAGAACUAUGUUGCGGGUCUCGGUCGAGGUGCGACUGGUUUCACCACUCGAUCAGAUCUCGGACCUGCGCGUGAAGGACCUACGCCAGAGCAGAUCCAGGCGGCGCUUGCCAAACGGGCGCAGCAGCUGGGAGCAGCUCCCCCUACUGCGUAUGGGGCGGGGCGAGAAAAAGGCGGCAAGGAGGACAAAGCCGAAGAAGAGGAAGAUGACGAGCGGUUUCAGGAUCCGGACAACGAAGUGGGGUUGUUCGCCUACGGGCAGUUUGAUCAAGAGGAUGACGAGGCCGACCGGAUCUACCGGGAGGUGGAUGAGAAGAUGGACAAAAGACGCAAGAUGAGAAGAGAAGCCCGCGAACGGCAAGAGCGAGAGGACUACGAACGCAAGAACCCCAAGAUCCAACAGCAGUUUGCCGAUCUGAAACGAUCGCUAGCCUCCGUCUCUGAAGACGAAUGGGCGAACCUACCGGAAGUGGGAGAUCUCACGGGAAAGAAUAGGCGUGCGAAGCAGAAUCUCCGACAACGGUUUUAUGCGGUUCCGGACAGUGUGAUUGCCAGUGCAAGGGAUUCAACUCAGUUCGACACAACCGUGGCGGACGACGGUACUCAAACCAGCGCCGCGGGCGCGGAUAGCGCGGAUGGAACGAUAACGAAUUUCGCUAAUAUUAGUGCUGCGCGUGACAAAGUACUCCAGGUCAGACUAGAUCAGGCUGCGCUUGGCUCAUCAGGAGAUUCGGCUUCGGGAAGUGCCACUAAUAUCGACCCUAAAGGAUACCUUACAAGUCUCACUCAGUCGGAGCUCAAGGCAGGUGAAGUGGAAAUCGGCGACAUCAAGCGUGUUCGUGUUCUUCUGGAAUCGGUGACAAAGACAAAUCCCAAACAUGCUCCGGGUUGGAUAGCUCUGGCUCGUCUGGAAGAACUUGCUGGUAGAGUUGUGACGGCCAGGAAUGUCAUCGCCAAAGGUUGUGAAUUAUGCCCGAAAAGUGAAGAUGCUUGGCUGGAGAAUAUCCGACUCAACGAAGGACAUAACGCCAAGGUCAUCGCUGCAAAUGCGAUCAAGAACAAUGAUCGCUCUACAAGACUCUGGAUUGAGGCGAUGAGGUUGGAGACUGAGCCCCGGGCAAAGAAGAAUGUUCUCAGACAAGCUAUUCUUCACAUACCCCAGUCCGUCGUUAUCUGGAAGGAGGCCGUUAAUCUGGAGGAGGACCCGACAGAUGCACGUCUUCUUCUCGCAAAAGCAGUUGAGAUCAUACCUCUGUCGGUGGAGCUUUGGCUUGCUCUAGCACGUCUUGAGACCCCCAAAAAUGCUCAAAAGGUUCUGAAUGCCGCUCGAAAAGCGGUGCCUACCAGCCAUGAAGUCUGGAUUGCGGCUGCCAGAUUACAGGAGCAAAUGGGCACAUCCGAGAAAGUCAAUGUUAUGAAGAGAGCUGUGCAGGAACUGACAAGGGAGAACGCGAUGCUCAAAAGAGAGGAGUGGAUCGCCGAGGCUGAGAAAUGUGAGGAGGAGGGUGCCGUUCUCACCUGUGGUGCUAUCAUCCGCGAGACUCUCGGAUGGGGUCUCGACGAGGAUGAUGAUCGCAAGGACAUCUGGAUGGGGGAUGCAAAGGCUAGCAUUGCACGGGGCAAGUACGAGACAGCCAGAGCUAUCUAUGCCUAUGCACUCCGUGUCUUCGUCAAUCGCAGGUCGAUCUGGCUUGCGGCAGCCGAUCUCGAGCGCAAUCACGGUAGCAAAGAAGCACUAUGGCAGGUUCUUGAAAAGGCCGUGGAGGCUUGUCCACAAAGCGAAGAGCUGUGGUUGCAACUCGCUAAGGAGAAAUGGCAAUCUGGAGAAAUCGAUGAUGCUCGACGAGUGCUCGGUCGUGCUUUCAACCAGAACCCGAACAAUGAAGAUAUCUGGCUGGCCGCUGUCAAAUUGGAGGCUGAUGCCGACCAGACGAGUCAGGCUAGAGAGCUUCUUUCCACAGCCCGCCGUGAAGCAGGGACGGAUCGCGUAUGGAUAAAGAGUGUCGCAUUCGAGCGGCAAUUGGGCAAUGCUGAUGAGGCCCUUGAUCUCGUCAACCAAGGUCUCCAGCUCUAUCCUAAAGCCGACAAACUUUGGAUGAUGAAGGGUCAGCUCUAUGAAGCUCAGAACAAGUAUCCUCAGGCAAGGGAGGCUUACGGAACGGGUACCAGAGCGUGUCCCAAGUCUGUACCGCUCUGGCUGCUGGCUUCUCGGCUGGAAGAAAAGACUGGGGCCGUUGUCAAAGCUCGCUCGGUUCUGGACCGCGCCCGUCUUGCGGUACCUAAGAGCCCGGAAUUAUGGACCGAGAGUGUGCGGGUAGAACGGCGUGCCAACAAUCUCGCCCAAGCCAAGGUGUUGAUGGCAAAAGCCCUGCAAGAGGUCCCUACAUCCGGUCUUCUGUGGAGCGAAAGCAUCUGGCACCUUGAGCCUCGUUCGCAGAGAAAGGCCCGUAGCUUGGAGGCUAUCAAGAAGGCUGAUAAUGACCCGAUCUUGUUCAUCACUGUAGCUCGCAUUUUUUGGGGAGAGCGUCGGUUGGAGAAGGCUAUGACCUGGUUCGAAAAGGCUAUUGUCACCGACAGUGACCUGGGCGACGGGUGGGCUUGGUAUUAUAAGUUCCUGUUGCAGCACGGUACUGAGGAAAAACGAGCAGAUGUUGUGGCCAAAUGUAUCACGACCGAGCCCAAGCACGGCGAAGUCUGGCAAUCGAUAACCAAAGACCCGGUCAAUGCGCGCAAGUCAACGGAAGAGAUUCUCAGAAUGGUCGCAGAUCGCCUCACUCAAUGAGUUGCCCUGGUACACAGUCUAGACUCUCAUCCCAACAGAGUCCGGUCCUAGUGAUAGCGUACCGAAAGAUUGCCCAGGGCUGGCGUGGGGACGCAUCAGAUGGCCGCGAGCUUGACCAGCUCAAUGAGCUCGAACCACCAACAGGUCAACAGAGUGCAGCUUGCUUGACUAUCAUUAAGGUUAUAGGUCAAAUUAAGGCGGCUCUGAGAAGGAAGAAGCAGUGAUUCUCUCCGCUAUGGAUGGCUAGCAAAUCAGACCAUCCAGCACAUAUGCUGGGACAAACUUAUGUACAGUCCAUAGAAAUAUGAAGCUC